CCCUUGGCUGUUCCAGUGCCUGGCCUGGGUCUCCCCACACGGGGUGUCCCCCCCAGGUGCCCAAAUCUCUGCUGAAGUGCCUGAGCUGCUCCCAGUUGGAGAUGUACCCGGGCAGGAACCUCUCCCGGUCGGGGCCGUUCACUCGGCUUUUCCCAGGACCUGGAACAGCCCUGGGUGUGCAGGGACACAGGUCAGGGGGUGCCCCCCCAGCAGCCCUCAGCCCCCCCAGCAGGUUGGGAGCUCAGGGGGCCACCCCGGACCCCCCUUUCCCACCCUCAUCUGCCCCACAGCUGCUGCAGCACCAGUUACUGGGUGGGGGAGUCCCCCCAUCAGCCCCCCAGGGACGGACAGGGGGCUUGGGCACCUGUGCACAAUCGUCACCAGAGCAAGCACACAAAGGGUUACAGAAGCAGUGGACAUUCCCAGGGCGGAUCUGCCCCCUCCCAGAGCCCCAGGGAACCGCUCCAGGGCUCAAGUGAUGGGGGACAGGGGAGACCCAUGUGGGAACCCCCUGCCCUCUGUCCCCCUGCCCACUGUCCAACACCCCUUUUCUCCCCUCUCCCACCCCUUUCCCAUCAUCCCCACCGUCCCCAGCUCCCCCCCAGCUCGGUUUGGGGGUGUUUCUUCCCCGUGCCCUGCUCGGUUUCACAGUCUCAGCCCCCUCCUCGCUCACUUUGGAGGUCCCAGCCCCCCUUUUCUCCCGUUCUCCCCCCUUUUCCCAUUGUCCCCUGAAAGGCAGCUGUUAAAUAUUGGGUGCUGAAAAAGCUGCUCCAUCGUGUCCAUUCCAAAUUAAGCCUGCAUUUCUUAGGAGGGACUGGCAUCCAAAGGGCAGCAAGAAGAGUCUUCUAAUUCUCUUCUGCUUGAUCCUCUCUGCAGCCGCCGAUUUUCCCUCAAACCAGGCGGGAAAACAGGACCAGCCCUGGUGUGGUCGGGGAGCAGCGCUGACCCCAAAGGGCUGCAUUUCCCCUGCCGAUCGUCCUGCUCUGCCCUCCCCCGGGGCUGGCUCUGCCUGGCGCUGGCCGGACGUGCCGGGGCUCCUCACUGAGCAAAGCCCUUGCCAAAGUUGAGGGGCAAGUGCCGAGCCCGGCUGGCCUGGGAGGAAGCGACAGCAGCGCGGGCCGAGCGGGCGGGAUGGGGUCCGAGCAGCGGCGGGAAGUUGCAAACUUGGCAGCCAAGAAGUUGAACUAAAGUGAAGCAGCUCCAAAAGGCCGUGGUCUUGGCGUGGGGGCGGGAGGAAGGGGAGCUCCGUGACUGCGGCCGGGGCUGGUUGGGAGCGGAGCGGCCGGGGCUGCCCCCGGGGCUCGCGGGGGCCAACGGGGAACGGACAAACGGACCAACGGACCAACGGCCCCUGCGCUUCGGCAGCAGCAGCGGCGGCAGCAGCGACUGUAGCGACGCGCUCUCGCUCUGACUCUUGUUCGGGCUCUCCUUGCUCGAGCUCUUCGUCCUCCUCUCCCUCUCCCGGUGUCCCGCUGUCCCAGUGUCCCUGUGCCGGUGUCCCAUUGCCGGUGUCCCUGUGCCAGUGUCCCACUCCCGCUGUCCCUGUCCCGUUCCCGGUCCCCCCUCCCCUUGCCGGCCCGGCCCAUGGCCCCGGCCGUUCCCCUGUGCCGGGCGGGGCCGCCCCGUCCCCGGCCCUGGGCGGCCCGGCGCGGUCUCGCCCUCGCCCGGCUCCCGGCGCGCCGGCUGUGGCGCUGCUGGGCGCUCCUGUGGGGCUGGCUGUGGGACGGGCUCGGCCUCGCCGCCCCUUGGCUCCGCCUGGCUCGAGCGCGGCGCCUGCCGGGGCCGGCGGGGGCCGCGGGCGCCGCGGCCGCUGCCGCCUCCUCGGCGGCUUCCCCGGCCAGAGCUCCGCCGCUCGCCAGCCCGGCCGCCGGCAGCGAGCCGCCGCUGCCCGCUGCGGCUGGGGAAGCCCGGCCCGGGCCGCUUGAGGGGCGCUCGGGGGCCGUGCCGGGCCCCGGCCCCAGCGCUGACGGCCACGUCUCGCCCGCACCGAAGGCCAAGGAGCCGCUGCACGAGCGCUACCGGCUGCAUUCGCUGCUGGGCAGCGGCGGCUUCGGCCGCGUCUACGCGGGGACCUGCCUGGCGGACGGAGCCCCGGUGAGUGCAGCAGGAGGAGGAGGAGGAGGAGGAGGAGGGCGGGACGGGCGGCGAGCUCAACCCGCCCUUCCCCUCGGCUUGCAGGUGGCCAUCAAAGCCGUGUCCCGGGAUGGCAUCCGGCGCUGGGGCGAGCUGCCCGACGGCACCCGGGCCCCCCUGGAGAUCGUGCUGCUGGACAAGGUGUCCAAUGGCUUCCCUGGGGUCAUCCAGCUGCUGGAGUGGUUCGAGCUCCCCAACGGGUUCCUGUUGGUGAUGGAGCAUCCGGAGCCGUCUCAGGACCUCUCUCGCUUACUGAGGGUGUGGGGGUUCCUGCCGGAGGAGAUGGCGUGGGGGCUGUUCCGCCAGGUGCUGCAGGCCGUGCAGCACUGCACCAGCUGCGGCGUCCUGCACCGGGACAUCAAGCCCCAGAACAUCCUCCUCCACCUGGCCAGCGGCGAGGCCAAGCUCCUCGACUUUGGAUGUGGCACCUUCCUUAAGGACACGGUCUACACCCAGUUUGCAGGAACACUGUCAUACAGCCCGCCAGAGUGGAUCUACCUCAAGCGCUACCACGGCGAGGAGGCGACCAUCUGGUCCCUGGGCAUCCUGCUCUACCAGAUGGUCUGCGGGAAGCACCCUUUCCGCAAAGGCCCCAACACCAUCUGGGCCCAGCUCCCGUUCCCAGCACGGGUCUCUCCAGGUGGAUACCAAUCUUUGUGGCACGGGGGGAAUAACGGUGUUGGGAGAGGGCAGCGGGCUCACGAGGACGCCGCUCUUGAAGCUGUUUGUGUCUCAUGGGUGGCUGGAGGAGGUGGCCUGUGUCCUGCCAUCCUGCUCUCCUCCAAAAGGGAGAAUCGAUGGAGAAGUUUGGGCACAGCUCUGAGCACAGCCAGCACAGCCUGGGCACGUGGACAGUGGGACAGAGGGGACAGGAUCCUUCUCCAACUGACCGGCCAUUUUCCCCCCAGGCUGCCAGCACCUUAUCAGGUGGUGUUUGUCCAUCCGCCCCUCGGACAGGCCAGCACUGGAAGACCUGUUGUGCCAUCCUUGGGUGCAGGACAUUCCCCGGCCCUAGAAGACGGGAGAGAUCCACGUGCUCCCUUUGAUCCAGGGGCCUGGCAGACAGCUGGGCCCUCGGCAGAACGCUGACAGCCUGGUCUGGCCCCCAGGGAAGGAGAAGGGGCCUCUGCAGAAGCUGUGCCGGGUGGGCCUGCUGCUGGAGACAUCGAGGACGAUGUCAGGGAUGACAAGCUCUCAGCUGACCUGGACGCCGGCGAGCUGAAGAGGAUGGACUUUGAUUCUGGCCCCUUCCUCCAAGCCGUGCUCCACACGCCGUUUGCAGAUGAGUCCACACCCAGGGGGUGCUCCCGGACACGGGCAUUGCUCAGCCUGGCUGGGCACCGAAGGUUCCCCCUUUGCUGAUGGGGAACCUGAGGAAUUCUUCAGCCGGCUGCCAAGCUGCUUCUUGGCAGGAGGGCGGGCGGGUGCUCUGGGCUGGCUGUGAAAUGGGAGCCCGGCUCUGCCCCCAGCCUCUGCCACUGCCCCUUUGCUGGGCGGGGCUGGGGCAGGGGCAGCCAGCCUGCCAAAAACAAACCCCCGUGGGGGGAGCAAAGGCGGGGCUGCAGAACACCAGCUGCUUUGGGCUGCAGGCCACGAAAGGCUUGGGCUGCCUUGGCUUAGGAGCCUUUCUUUGGGCCAGUGCAGCAGGGCAGGGAGAAGGCCUGGGUUUUCCUCAGCUGGAGGAGGGGGGGUUUUCCUUUGGCCUGCAGGGCUUGGGCCUUCCUCAGAACCCUGACAGAAGGUUAACAUUUUACCUUUUUUUCUUGUUUCCACUUUUGGUUUGUAAUCUCUGUUCAUGAAUUUGUUGUUUGUUUUCCAGGGAAGAGUUGGAGCUGGUGCCCAGUCCGGGUUGGGAAGGGCUGGGACCAUCCCUGGAGAGGAUCUGACGUCCCCUCUGAGAAGGCUGAGGACAUCCUUUGGGACACGCUCUUCUUGCGGCAGCAGAUCUUGGGAGGUAGAUGCUCAUCUUGCCCGUCUUGUCAGCAGCAGUGGGAUAAUGGCUUUGGGGAGAUGGCAGCAGGCACAUGAACAUCCCGCUCUUGCAGCUGCUGAGGAGGUUGAUCUCCUGGGCUUGGCUGGAGGAGGUGGCACCUGUGUUGAGUAAUUGCUGAAAUCCAAUCGAUCUGGGAUGACCCCAAAUGACAGUUUAGUUUUCAGCUUGCUCGAGCUGUAUCUCAGCAGCUUUUGGGUAUCAUUUUUGGCCCCCAGACAGGACACCUCUGCCUGAUCUCCCGCGGAUCCGAGGGAUCUCUGGAUCUUCACGCCAGCACCAGGACUUUGCUGCAGAAGAGCACAGAUCCCCAGCCCAGUCUGGGACACAGAACCUGUGAAAGGGCAGAAAGAUUGUGGUGUGAAUGCAGCGCCCUCAGAGCCCUUGGUGUGAGCCGGGAAAGGAAAAUCAAGCUGAGGGACAAGAUCAGUCUAAUUUGGGGACAUUGUUGGAGGUUGGAGUUGCAGUUCUGGAAGAAAUCCCUGAGGAAAUGGUGCCCCCGGGGAGAGGAAGAGGACGAGAGCAUGGGCAGCCUGCUUCAAACAUCCCCCCAGGAGACUUGGGAGCAGUCCCUGUGCAUCCUGUAAGAAAGAUGGACACUGGAAAUGGGAUUGUCCGCAAUCCCCCCAGAGAACCCUGAAGGAGACCCCAAAGGACCAACUAAGGACUUGCAAUAGGGGGGGUGACUGUGUAAAGUAAAGUAACAUCUAUGUCUUAAGUAAGGGAGAAUAUCUAAUGAAUCUGGAAACUGUGUGUGUCGUGUAAAGCCCUGUGUGGCUGUCACUGAAGUGCUGAGGCUGAACAACAGGCCCUGAGCCAAAGCUGAGCUCUAGAUGAACCUUCCAACCUAACAGUCUGUUUAUCCCUGUAUUUGCUCCUUAGCUAAAACUGUGUAUGUUUGUUGGUCAAAGAUGCAGUGUGGAAAGACUCCCCGUGUACCUGCCCCUGAACAAAAUAAAUGUGCUUCUUAGUGAGA